AUGACGUCGUCUGAGAAACAACGACCACCACCUCUCCCACCCCGGGAGUCUUCGAGUGAGCCGCCGCCAUAUUCUCCAAUGGCCAUGCAGUCGCAAGAUCCGCGAUCCUCUUCUACGCAGUCGCUCGUCCCAGACCCUACACUAGAAGAAUCUGGGCGACGUCGUUUACUCCUCGUCUAUAUCCAUGGCUUCAUGGGAAACGAAACAAGUUUCAGAAGCUUCCCGGCGCACGUCCAUAAUCUCGUGACGAUUACGCUUGCCGAAACUCACGUAGUACAUACCAAAAUCUAUCCCAGGUACAAGUCGAGGGACUCGCUCGAGAUUGCAAGGGAUAAUUUCUCGCGAUGGCUAGCCCCACAUGAAGACCAAUGGACCGACAUCAUCUUGCUUGGCCACUCCAUGGGCGGACUGCUUGCUGGAGAUAUUGCGCUCGUCUUUCGCCAUCGUAUUAUUGGUGUCGUCAACUUCGAUGUCCCGUUUCUGGGUAUGCAUCCUGGCAUCAUCAAGGCUGGACUGGGGAGCAUCUUCAGCUCCCCGCCGCCGCCACCACACGAUGCCAUCAUUGAGGAUGCAGGGCAAAGACCUAGCAGAAUGAGUACCAUCUUCAAUCCCAAGCCAGCAGAUCCUAAUUACAAUCCGGCUUUCCCCAACGACGUUCGUCUACCGAACCGCAAAGGAUGGGAGAACAGCGUGCAUUGGCUUACUAAACAUUACAAAGACGGUCUAAAGGAAGCUACAAAGGGUCUUGUCAAGUCGCAUCUAGAGUUUGGUGGUGCCAUGGCCGAUUACAAAGAACUCAAGGAUCGGUAUGUAAAGGUGCGAGCGCUAGAGGAAGAUGAUGAAAGCGGCGAUGCCAGCGUUGGAGAGGGAUAUUUCCUCGAACAUGCAAGGAGCGAUUCGACGGUCUCACCAGAGCCAGAGCUGACUCACAUAAAUCCCGACCCCAUAGCCGAUACACCACGUGCAUCUAUCGAGGCCGAGCAGGAUCACGGUAUGCCAAGCAGUCCAGAAAUCCCCUCUGCACCCUGUGAGGAUGGCCCUACUAAUCUUCCCGAAAUUCCACCCAUCCCCCAGGAACCACCAUUUGUAGAUCUGAUGCAGUUUCCGGACAAGGCCUCGCGGAAAGCUGCUGAGAAGGAACACGACCAAGCCCUAAAGGAGUACCAAAAGGCCGUCAAGAUGCGCAACAAGACCAUCAACGAGCGGACAAAAAUGCAAGAGAGGUGGGAAAAGGACAAGGCAAAGGAGAGGAAAGAGCGGGAGAAGGGAGAAAAGAAGAGACUGGAGCAGGUUGAAAAAGAUAAAAAGCAAAGAGAAAAUGAAGAGAAGAAGCGACAGGAGCAGGUCGAAAAGGAACGAAAGGAGAAAGAGACCCAGGAAAAAGAAAAGCACAUGUCCGCGGAGGAGAAGCAAAGGCAGAGGGAGAGGGAACAGCGACAGACAGAAGCAGAGCAACGGGAGGCGGAAGCACGACAGAGACAGCGAGAGGCAGACUUGCGAGACGGCAAAAUACCUGCAGAAGACAAGCCUGAGCCACCUUCUGUGAUUGUCGAGCUUGAAGAGGAUGUGGGUGCCAUGGAACUGGGAGACUCUGAGCCGACCCACGACUCUCGAAGCCCCUACGCCAACUACGAAUUCUCUCGCAGUGGAAUCAUGAACCAGCCCCCGCCAAAUGAACGCGCUGAAUCUUCCUAUACACUCUCCACAACGGACAGCCGGUAUAGUCAGCUUAAAGCUGAUACCAACGAGGGCGAGGUAAAGCCGAAGAAGCUGAGGAAGUUUUGCAUGUUGCCGCCAAAAGACGCCGACGGAAACAAAGACCCCACAUGGAUCAGAGUGUUUAUGGAGAACAUGGACGAGGUCACGGCACAUACGUCGUUGUUCUUUGUCAAUGAAACAUACGAGCGGCUUGUCGGGGACGUCGGAGCCCGGAUUGAAGAGUGGGUCAAGGAGGCAGACAGUGUACGUGUGGUACAGGAAAUGCAAGCGAUGCAGGAUGUACAGGAUUACAAGUCGUAG